AUGGCUAUGGAGCACAUCUCCACUGAUGCUAUGACUCCCGAGUCCAGUGACUGUGGCUCUGAGCUGGUUAUCACUGAAAAUGCGCUUGAUGCCCCCAAGAAUGGCAUCAAGCCUGUCGAACGUGUCCCUCGCGACCAUGGUACUCCUGAUCGGUUUACUCCUGAUCAUAGUACUAACGGACAUAAAACCCCCGACUCACAUACCAGAUCGAAUGGAAGCGCCUAUCAGCCGAGAUAUCCUCGACGUGUAGAUCGCACAAACCAAGUCAUUACGGCUAAGAAUGCCCAGGGCUUCUUUGAUCGUUCGUGUUCUAUUUUCGUUGGAAACAUUUCUACCAAGAUCGAACUUGCAAAGGCAGAGGAAGGCCUCAUUAAGACGUUCUCUCAGUUUGGCCGGUGUUGGGUCAAGGUCAAGGAAGGCAGACAGAAAGCCUUACCUGGCGCAUUUGUGGUGUUUGAUAACCCCGAGUCCGCACAAAAGGUCAUCGAACACCCCGGGAUCGUACUGGAGGGGCGCACACUGCGGGUUGAAGCUGCUAAUUGCAAACGCUCCGCCAUCAUUGGACACCAUUCCGGAGAGCCCAUCACCGAGUCCGACAUUGCUUUCGCCCUCAACUCCAACACCUGGGGUUCUAUUGAGAAAUUCACCAUCGAGCAGUCAUUUGACUCAGGCGAGCCUUUUGUGGUAGCCCGAGUCACUUUUGCCUUCCUCGGUGACUACGAAGAAGCCAUCAAGGGCCAUUCCGACGAUACCUUUUACCUGCGUCCCAUCAUGGAGUCUCAAGGCAAUCAGGCCAGACGGGCCAGCAACCAAAUGGCACCCCGUGGCCAGCGAUACAACAGCAACAGCAAUGGUUACAAUAACCGUCCCAGAGGUGGUCGUCAGUUCCCUCCUCGUGGAUGCAAUGCCCGCAAUACCUAUGGCGGAGGCAACCGAUUCUCCAACGGCUACGGAAAUCAUCAGAACUUCAACGGUCCAGCCUCUCCAAAUGGUUAUAAUGGCCAGGGCUUUGCAAACAAUGAACCGCCAGCCGGCUUCCCGGUCAACAACUUCCCGAACAAUGUCUUUCCUGGUCACAGUUACUCCAACAGCGGCGGCUUCCAUCAAAGCCAGCCAGCCAACUUCCAGGGUUAUCCCAACCAGGGCUUCCCAGCUCCAGGUCCUUUCCCUGCUGCUCAGCCUAUGAUCUUCAACCCCCAGAUGCAAUUCCAAGAAGGCCCACCUGCUCCAUACUUUACUAACGAAUCUUUCCCCCCUGUUUACCCUUUCAUUGCGCCCAACCAGCCCGGCUUCCCCCCUCAAGCUCUGCCACAACACAUGUCCCAACACAUUCAAUUGGCUAACAUGGGUUCUGUUCCUGGCACAUAUAUGCCACCCAUCACGACCGGCCCUCUCAUCGUGUCUAGUCAACCAAUCCACGACAUACAGCCUCACCACCAUGCACCACCAUACUACCCCGAUUCAUACAUGGCCGACAACGAAUACAAUGGCAUGCAGAAUGACUGGUACAGCCCACCGGAUGGCUAUGGGUUUCAACAUGAGUACACCCAAAGUCAACCCAUUCGCAAUUUGCCCGACUUGCACCGACUGGUCACUGGCAGCCGCCGAUCUAGCAGUGAUAGCACUACUCCCAGCACCCCCAAGGAAAAAGGAUGUGAGCGUCCCAGACGUCAGGGUCCAAUCAUUGAUACCGAGAUUCCUCGUCUGAUUCCUGUGCACGAUGGUGACGAUGGAAGUUCUGAUCUCCCUCCAAGCCAGUCUGGUCACACUGAGAGUGAAAUCAUUACUGUUGAACCUCUCGAUGAGGAAAAGGAAGAUGACAUGCAGACCGCUGUGAGCGAGCCUAUCCAGAGCUCGCGCGUCACCGUUGUUGAAGUUUCAGCUCAGGAUGAGGAGGAAACCCCAGAGAACUCAAAGCCCGCGGAUAAAAUCAAGCAGUUGCCAACGGCCGCGCCCAAGGUUGAGCAAGUUGCUGAUUGGAGGGGCAGGAUAGUGCGCCGUUCCAUCACUCCUGUCAGACAUGAGUUCAAGUUGAUGCCCAUUAUUCCCUUACAUGCAAACAGAGCUGCAUACGAAGAAGAAAAAGCAGCUAUACUGAAGCCUGCAACUACUGACUCUUUGAAUUCGACUCCCACCAAGACUUCAGCCAAGUCUGAGGCCUCUGCAUCGAAUACCAUCAACACCCCAACCAAGAAAACGACCAAUGUUGAAGCUUUUUUGUCGACUACUAACACUAAGACUCCUGCAGCCAAGUCUCCUACAAGUAAGGCUGGGUCCUCUGCAUCGGCGGCUACCAAAACACCGACUCAACCCGAGUCCAAGAACGUGGUUGCCCUCGAGACACCCACUGAAGCCGAGCCUCUCAGGUCAUUUCCCAAGUACUCUGCCACAGCGGGCUCAUGGAGAUUGGCCACUCCCGCCUCUAUGAACCACAGUUCCAAGUCAGUACCUGCCCCAAAGCUACCCAGUGCAACUACCAACAUCGAAUCCCAGGAUCUUCCAGCCCCAAAGCUUCCCGCUGCCGCUGAGCCCGGCGGAAAGCCCUUCUCCAGUCUGCCAAACAAACCACCUGUCCCCGCUCUAGCCAGGGACCAUACGAAGGAUAAGGAGCAGGCGCAGGAGGACGUCAAGGGGAAGGGCAAGGCUCCAGUGACUGAUCAGGACAACAUCGAUGGAAAGGGCAAGGCUCUAAAGACGGAGCAAGAGGAGCCAUAUGAGGAUACAGAGGGUGCGGCAAAGGCUGAAGUAGCAGAAAAUUCAUCUGAACCAACACUCAAAACUGAAGAAGAACCUCACGAUGAAGAGGAACUACGACUUGAAGAAGAACUUCAAAUGGAAGCACUUAUCCGCGAACGUUUUGCUAAGCGCGCACCUCUGCCACAAGAGUUUAUGCCCAAGGAAUAUGGUAUGGAGGAAAUGGUCAUGGGCUUCGCAACUGGAUUAGAGAUCGAUAAAGAGGUGGUGUGGCUGCUGGCAUUCAUCAUGGAAAUGGAGGACGAACAAAGGAAGAAACACGCCAAUCCAGAUUAUGCCAGCGAAGAAGACGCCUGCGAACAGGCUCCACCCAGCAGACUUUAA